CCACUCGAGCCGCCGCAGAAUUGCCAAGCAAGAAAUGCAUCUGUUUUCGAGUUUUCGAGUUCCUUGUCUUGUCUGGGCCCCGGUAAAAUGGAAAAAUAAAAAAGACUAAUCGUGAAAAGUUUGACUAAUAUUGAAGGUACAUGUACAAGUGUAGGUGGCAUUCAUUCUUGCAAUGAUGAAUCACUACCUAUGUCUAGACCGAUGUCGGGCUAAGUCGCAUAGUGGAAGUAUUAUUAUUCUUAGCAUCAUUUCUACUAAACCACAAGACGAGACAAGACAAGUUCUAUAAUAGGUAGUUUGAAAGGAAUGUGCACAUACUGAUUGAGAGACUUUUCAUCCGCUCAAGCAAAUCACUUCACCAUGGCCGAGAAAAUAUCUGCCUUUCCCCGCCUACUUCUGGCCGGUAGUCCAUCUACCACCGAUAAAGGCACGCUAUUGCUAGGUGUGAUAUGUUCCAUCGCAGCCGGUGUUCCCUUCCCACUGAUCGGAGUCCUGUUUGGUCAGCUCCUCGACGAUUUCAAUGCAGCCACAUGUAGUGAGUCGUCUGGCUCUUCAGACAGCGAGGAUCAAAGUGGAAUCAACAGCAAGAUCGCAAUCAUCGUAUACCUAGCCAUUGCCCAAUUCGUUCUCAUCUAUGCGCAUCUUUCAUGCUGGAGUCUUCACGGGGCGCGACUGGCCCAGAGACUGCGCGAACGUUAUUUGCAGAAUUUACUUCGACAGGAACCGUCGUAUUUCGAUAAUCUGCCUCCUGGAGAAGUCGCCUCGCGAUUGAAUAGUGAUGUUCAGACUAUUCGAUCGGGCACUUCGGAGAAAGUGGGCAUAGUCCUCUCCAGUCUGUCCUUUUUCGUCACAGCCUAUAUUGUAGCCUUCAUCAAAGACUGGAAGCUUGCAGCAAUGCUACUGUCAUUGAUUCCGGCCUAUUUCUUGAUGUCGUUUAUUGGAACUUAUUAUAUCGAGAAAUACUCUGGACUUAUGUCAGACCAUGCAGCUACCGCCGCGUCGAUUGCUUCGGAGGCGCUUUCUAACAUUGUUGUGGUGCAGGCUUUUGGUGGAAAUUCUCGAUUGGAGAACAAAUUCUCUGCUGCACUUAAAGCUUCGAGGACUGAAGGCUUGAAGAAGGCAACGGCGAUUGGUAUACAAUCCGGAUUCCUGUAUUUCGUUGCUUAUUCUGCCAACGGAUUAGCAUUUUGGCAAGGAAGUAAAAGUAUCGCAGAUUCUGUGCGCAACAACACUGCAGGCGUCACCGUUGGAGCUACUUUUACAGUUAUCUUUAUCCUGGUCGAAGGUUAGUAAGACUUGAAUUUUUCUGCAGGGUUACACUGACACGAUAACAGCUACUUUGCUUUUGAGUCAAGUUGCGCCUUUCCUCCAUCUGUUUAUAGCAGCUAUCGCCUCGUACAAAAAGCUACGUGUAGAUAUAGAUCGACAACCACUGAUUGAUGGCACCACCGAUUCGGGUAUUCGCCUUCCACAGGCUGAGGGAGGCUUCGAGUUCAAGAAUGUUUCAUUCACCUAUCCUUCCAGGCCUGAGAUUAGAGUUCUGGAUAAUAUCACUUUUUCCAUCCCUGCUAACAAGAGCACGGCCAUUGUCGGUCUUUCGGGAAGUGGAAAGUCGACUGUCGCUGGUCUGGUCACAAGAUUAUACGACCCUACGCAUGGCCAAAUCCUGUUCGACGGUCAGGAUAUUCGUGAGGUUAAUGCCCGUGACUUGAGAGGUUACCUUAGCUUGGUACAACAGGAACCGUCUCUCCUCGACCGUUCACUCUUGGAAAAUAUCGCGCACGGCUUGAUAAACUCGAGCCAUGCUAAUCAUGCGCAUUUAAAGACAGCACUCAACAGCUCAGAGCUUUCAAAUCUAGCAAACGAGGUCAGGGAGGGUAAAGAUCUCAUGGCUGCUGCAGAGGCACGAACUCCGGAAAUCGUCGAAAUCGUCAACUUAGUUCGAAAAGCCGCAGAGCUUGCAGAUGCAGAUUCCUUCAUUGCUGCCUUGCAACAUGGAUACGGAACUACCGUUGGCUCCAGUGGACGCUUGAUAAGCGGUGGUCAGAAGCAAAGGGUGGCUCUUGCUAGAGCCCUUGUUAAGGAUCCCGCUGUGCUUAUCUUGGACGAAGCAACAGCCUCUUUGGACUCAAGGAGUGAACAACGUAUUCAACAGGCCAUCAACAAGAUUGCCAGUGGUAGAACUAUGAUCACCAUUGCUCAUCGUCUGUCAACAAUCACCACCGCAGAUAACAUCAUCGUGAUGCACAAAGGUAAUAUCGUGGAGCAGGGAAGCCAUUCGGUAUUGAUGGCCAAGAAUGGAACAUACGCUGAUCUAGUCAAAUUGCAAGGCCUUGGAUCUGGAUCCGGAAAAAAUGAAAGAGCUAGCAUAGAUAGUGUUAGCAAAUCCGCAGCAACUUCAAUUACCGACGGCGAUAUUGAGAAGAGCAGCCUGAUAAGCGCCCCUCUUGGGGAUGCGGAGAAACCCGAAUUCUCAGCAAAGGAAGAAGCCGUCACUGACUCGCCGGAGGAAGAACAAGAACCUGAAACUCCGAACAAAUCUUUGUGGGCUCUGAUGAAGGGCUAUGCUCCAGCACUGCGACCACACUUGCUUAUGAUAUUCAUCUCCCUUGUUGGUGCCGUUGUUGUUGGCGGAGCUUUCUCUGGCGAAGCCGUCAUUUUCGGAAACACAGUUGGAAGUCUGAAUCCCUGCAAGAGCGCCAGCUAUAUUGAUUCUCGAGGAAACUUCUACGGACUUCUAUUUUUCAUCCUUGCGAUCAUUGAGUUCUUUGGUAAUUUGGUCAGUUGGGCAGGAUUCGGCUGGAUCUCCGAGAAAAUCGUUUUUACGGUGAGAGUCUUGUCGUUUCGAUCAUUGUUCGAACAAGAUCUUCAAUGGCAUCAAUCUGAAGGCCGAACACCAGCCGUACUCCUCUCAUAUAUUACCAGGGAUGGUAACGCUCUGGCUGGUUUGAGCGGUUCCGUCAUUGGCACAUUAUUCUCCAUUUCCGUGAAUCUCAUCGCAGCAAUUGUUUUGACUCACAUUAUAGCCUGGAGGAUAGCAUUGGUCUGUUUAGCUCUAGUGCCACUCCUACUUGGAGCUGGACUGAUGGAACUUCGAGUACUUGGUCAAUUUGAGGAUCGACACGAAAAUGCUUACACUCAGUCAGUUGACAUCGGUGUCGAAGCCAUUACCUCCAUCAAGAUCAUUGCAUCUCUUUCGCUUGAAGAAGAGACACUAGCUACUUACAGAAGAUCUUUGAAAGGGCCUCGCACGGAGACAUUCAAAGUUAGUAUCCUAGCAAGUCUUUGGCAGGCGACGACCUAUUUCCUUGGCAACCUUGUGAAUGCACUAGCAUACUGGUGGGGUGCCAAACAAAUUCUAGCGGGCAACUACACACAAACACAAUUCCUUAUUGUCGUAUUCUCCCUCCUUGUCAGCGCACUACUCUGGAGCCAAAUGUUCGCUCUCGCACCAGAACUUUCCAAUGCUCGUGCGGCCAUGGCAAGAAUCUUGAGUCUCAUUGAAAUCGGUUCGGAUAAGAUGCAAGGACAUGUAGAGGAUCUACCAUCUACUGACAUCGAGGCCACGGCCGAAACGAGAUCCCCGAUUUCAUCCUCUGGAGCCUCCAGUGUUCAACUCCGGGAUAUCCACUUUUCAUAUCCUGCUAGACCAGACAUGCAAGUAUUAAACGGCUUGAGCAUUGAUAUUCAGCCGGGAAAAUUCUGUGCUCUUGUUGGUCCAUCCGGUGCUGGUAAAUCGACGAUCAUUUCAUUGGUCGAACGAUUAUACACACCACAAACUGGAUCCAUCAUCAUUGACGGCGUCGAUGUGACCAAGCACCGUGAUGUCGCCUUCCGCGAUUCUAUCGCCUUAGUACCACAAGAAAGUGUGCUCUUUGAAGGAACUGUAGAGUUCAACAUAGGAUUUGGAGCCAGACCCGGUCAUGAAGUAAGCAUGGACGAAAUCAUCGCUGCAUGUAAACUCGCCAAUAUCCAUGAUACCAUCGCAGCAUUACCAGAUGGAUACCAGACUCUUUGCGGAACCAACGGUAACCAAUUCUCAGGGGGACAGAAACAAAGAUUAUCAAUCGCUCGCGCGCUUGUUCGAAAGCCUAAGUUGUUGAUUCUGGACGAAUCAACUAGUGCUUUAGAUGCGGAGUCGGAAAAGCUCUUGCAAGAUGGACUUGAGAAGGCCGCGAGGGGAAUCACGGUUAUCGCUAUUGCUCAUCGUUUACGGACGAUUAGAAAGGCAGAUAUCAUUUUCUUGGUGGAUGGGGGAAGAUGUGUGGAUCAGGGAUCGCAUGAGGAGUUGCUGGAGAGGUCGGAAAGUUAUAGGGCUAAUGUUAUGCAUCAAACAGUGGUUUAGAGAGCAUAUUUUAAGCAUAGAUUUUGUAUAUAUUUUUGAGAUUUUUUUGACCAUAUUAAGAAAUUUAAUAAUACUAGACUUGUUUUAAACUAUUUAGAGUCGCGUCUUGAUCUUAAAAUGUCUAGUUUUUUAUAGCACCGAGGCAUCAUUGCUAAAUGGUGCCUGAGAACCCUGUGGGUUUCCGUGAUCAACUGUAUCACCACACCGUUCGUCGCAAAAACUGCA